AUGACACUGAGCCCCAAGGGGUCCUGCCUCUGGGGGAAGCCCAGGCAAACCUUUUACGAGGUGAGGCACUCUCUGCAGGGACCCAUAAUAAACAGAAGGAAGGACUUCGACCAUCACCAAAUGAACCUAAGAAGGGCCUCCUGGCAGGUCCACGCCCCCUGUGGAGGGGAUAUAAAGGCUCCGGAGGAUGGAGCCCCACACUCUCUGAGGCUUGGAGAACUUGGAUCCAUCUUCGGCCAGGCACUUUACUCCCUCAGCACCAUGCCCUACAGCUGCAGCCUGCCUGCCCUCAGCUGCCGCACCAGCUGCUCCUCGAGGCCCUGCGUGCCCCCCAGCUGCCAUGGCUACACCUUGCCUGGGGCCUGCAACAUCCCCACCAACAUGGGCAACUGCACCUGGUUCUGUGAGGGCUCCUUCAAUGGCAGCGAGAAGGAGACCAUGCAGUUCCUCAAUGACCGCCUGGCCAGCUACCUGGAGAAGGUUCGGGAGCUGGAGCGGGAGAAUGCGGAGCUGGAGAGGCGCAUCCAGGAGCGCAGCCAGCAGCAGGAGCCGCUGCUGUGCCCCAGCUACCAGUCCUACUUCCGCACCAUCGAGGAGCUGCAGCAGAAGAUCCUGUGCAACAAGUCUGAGAAUGCCCGGCUGGUGGUGCAGAUUGACAACAUCAAGCUGGCCGCCGACGACUUCAGGACCAAGUAUGAGAGCGAGCUGUCCUUGCGGCAGCUGGUGGAGUCGGACAUCAAUGGCUUGCGCCGCACCCUGGACGAGCUGACCCUGUGCAAGUCUGACCUGGAGGCGCAGGUGGAGUCGCUGAAGAAGGAGCUGCUGUGUCUCAAGCAGAACCACGAGCAGGAGGUCAACACCCUGAGCUGCCAGCUUGGGGACCGCCUCAACGUGGAGGUGGACGCCGCACCCUCCAUGGACCUCAACCGCGUGCUUAACGAAGUCAGGAACACCUACGAGGCCCUGGUGGAGACUAAUCGCAGGGAGGUGGAGGAGUGGUACACCACGCAGACUGAGGAGCUGAACAAGCAGGUGGUGUCAAGCUCAGAGCAGCUGCAGAGCUACCAGGCGGAGAUCAUUGAGCUGAGACGAACAGUCAAUGCCCUGGAGAUUGAGCUGCAGGCCCAGCACAACCUGAGGAACUCCCUGGAGAACACGCUGACCGAGAGCGAGGCCCGCUACAGCUCACAGCUGGCGCAGGUGCAGCAACUGAUCAGCAGUGUGGAGUCACAGCUGGCGGAGAUCCGGGGUGACCUGGAGAGGCAGAACCAGGAGUACCAGGUGCUGCUGGACAUGCAGUCACGGCUGGAGGGCGAGAUCAACACGUAUCGGGGGCUGCUGGAGAGUGAGGACUGCAAGCUUCCCUGCAACCCACGCGCCACCACCAAUGCCUGUGACAAGCCCAUCGUGCCCUACGUCAUCAAGCCCUGCCUCACACGACCUCGGCGGUGUGGGCCUUGUGGCCCCUUUGGGCACUAAUAGCUACACUGCCAGCAAGAAGACCAGGGCUUCGAUCACAUCUCGGCUCCAGGUUACACUCUCUCCCACAGUGAAUGCAGGGAAGGCUCCCAGGGGUCAGCUCCAGCCUCACUCCGUGUCACAGAGGCCCCUCUGAGAUGCUGCCCUCUGUCUUUUGAGUCCCACAGAGAAACUCACAACAGGAUGAAGCCUAGGGUGACACCUUUGUAUGACCUGCUAUGCUUUCACACAAGCUUCUUCUUUGUGAUAUUUGAAAAUAAUUCUGUGAAGUAUGGUAGGGAUUUGUGGGCAUGUGUGUGAAGCAACAUAACUAGAAUUAAUAUUUGUCACGGUUUUUUUUUUGGUGUUUGUGAUGCAAGAUAAACCCUUCGGUCUUUUCAAUAAACUCUUCUUCUGGCAUGAAAA